GUAAAGGGUGAUUUGGCAACACAAACCCAGAGUCAAAUGUGGGAGUUGACCUGGAUUAAACAGCAGCUGACUUUAACUCCACUAAACUAAAUGUUCUGUUGGCUCUGCACACUGAAAACAGUCAUUUUACUGCAGUGACAUGGAGCAAAGACAGCAAGGACUCCUGGGACAAGAGCCAGUCCAGGAAGUGGAGGAAGACAAUACCAUAACGGAAGAAGAGAGAGAGGAAAUGCAAAACGAGCUGACCAAGUUGGAGGAAGAAAUUGUCACAUUGAAACAAGUGCUGGCCUCCAAAGAGAAGCAUCAGGCUGAGCUGAAGCACAGGCUGGGCAUGUCGACGUUAAGUGAGCUGAAACAGAACCUAAGCAGGAGCUGGAACGACGUUCAGUCAAGCACAGUAUAUAAAAAGACCUCAGAGACCCUGAGCACAGCAGGCAGUAGGACCACAUCGGUAAUCAGCAACCUGGGCACGGCCAUCGGCAGAAAGUUUGGGGAUAUGAGACUAAAUUCAAUAGGCUACUCUAUACGCCACUCGAUGAGCAUGCCCACUAUGAGGAACUCACAGAGCUUUAAGUCCUUUGAGGAGAAGGUUGAAACCACGGUUUCGAACAUUAAGACGAAGGUCGGAGGGAGCGCUGGUGGAGGAAGUUUCGAGGACGUGCUCUCAUCAGCAGCUCAGGCCAGCGCUCAGAACAAUGGCCCCACAGCCUCCACUAACGACCUGAGAGAAAACAACCAGUGCUAAUGAGACCAGACCAGAUUUGCUAAGAAAUGUACAGACUUCUAGAUGACUGGAGAUGGAGCUCUGGUGCCCCUCUGUGGCCAGGAGAAUACACCACAUUUAUAGGAAAGAGAACUUUAAAGUUAAGAAUGAAGUACUAACCAUGACCAAACUUUUCACUUAGACUGUGUUCUAAUGUACCCGAACCAGUUUACCUUGGGAUAACCUCCAUUGCUUAAUAACCAAUUGAGAUAUGUUAGAAAUCCGUUUAAAGGCCCACGGGAACGACCAAAAUUUACCUGGAAGGCAUUGGGAUCUGAUGCAUUUUCCUUGUUGAAACCUUUAAGCAAAUGGUGGUCAAAAGUGAUGAUUCAAAAAAAGAGCAUUAAAAUGGGCAAAAUUUCCAAAAUAUAAUAUUUGAUCUGGAUAUCGAUGCUUGACACCAGCCUUUUGUUUAGUUUUAAUAACUUCGUAGGUUUUCUAUAAGCUCGUACUGUACGUCUGGUUUCCAGCUCAUUGCAUUAAGAUCCUUAGAUUAAAAACUCUUUUUUUUUUUAUUUAUGUUUUUUAACUAGCCUGUAAAUCUACGCUUUUGGUUAGCACGUUUGGCUUGCACCUCCAGGGUUGUGGGUUCGAUUCCUACCUCCGCCCUGUGUGCAUGGAGCUUGAGUGUUCUCCCCGUACUUCGGGGGUUUCCUCCAGGUACUCUGGUUUCCUCCCCCAGUCCAAAGCCAUGUAUUGUAGGCAGAUUGGCAUUUCCAAAUUGUCCGAAGUGUGUGAAUGUUUGUGCAAUUGUGCCUGCGAUGGGUUAGCACCCCAUCCAUGGUGUCCCCUGUGUAACAAAAUGGCUGUUCAAAACUAUUCAAAGUCCAAUUGGCAGUAAAGGCAACCCAAUACAACCUCAGUACGACCUACUGAGCUUUCAGCUGGAGAAAGGUUAAGGCAUUUUGUCUGUGAUGAGUUGACUGUUCCUCUGGUGUAUAAAACAAAAUAAAAAAAAUCUUAUAACAUA